AAGAAAGAAACGAGGCUUCUAUUUUGUGAAGCAUUCUCUCCUAAAUAAUUCCAGUAUAUUUCAGUCAAUUAUAUAUUUAUCCACUUAUAUUUUUAUCAUGGUAUCAGAGCCGAAAUCCUGAUAACAGUAAAAAAAAACUCUCCAUAACACCUCUUUUACACAUAACCCUUUUACCCUACCUUCUUCUUCAUUCUCUUUCUAAAUUAUGGUGGGUGAUGGUGAAACGAAGGUCAUUACUCUUGAAGCUAAAGACAUAGUCAUUGAUUCUAUGUCACCUUAUUUUAUUCAAUCCGGAGAUAAGCCCGGAGAUGUCCAUGUUACCAUGACUCUUCGGGAUGGAAAUUACGGAGAUUGGCUCGAUGAAAUGAGCAACGCCCUAUAUGCCAAAAAUAAGUUUGGCUUUGUAAAUGGUGAUAUUCCGAUGCCUCAGUCCGACUCACCAUACCUCCCAUAUUGGCAACGAGCAAAUGCCAUGGUUAAAGGUUGGCUCAAUAGCAGCAUGGAAAUGGAACCAAGGCAAAGUGUGAAGUUCAAAACGGCCCAGGAGAUCUGGACCGAUCUAAAAGAAAGAUUUGCGAAGGAAAGUGCUCCACGCGCUUAUGAGCUUCGGCGCUCUCUUAGCAACAUUCGACAAGAUGGCCAGUCUAUUUCGGCCUAUUUUAGCAUGUUACGACGUGUGUGGGAUGAAAUGAUCUCUAUAAACACGGCGCCUAAUUGCACGUGUGGCAAGUGUUCCUGCAAUAUCUCUAAACAGAUAAUUGAUUCCCGUGAUAGAGACCAUCUUUAUGAUUUCUUGAUGGGUUUGGACGAUGCUUAUGCACAAUUGAAGAGCCAGAUUUUGGCCACAAGGCCGGUUCCUACUCUCACCGCCGCAUAUCACCUUGUUUCAGAAAGUGAACAACACAGGUCUAUCACAUCCGCGCGCAAACCAGGUGGUGAUGGUACGGCUUUCUACACACAAACUAAAAGGGAACCAAUUCCGGGACGACGGUCAACUGUAAAAGAUGGUCGGUCUUGCUCCUAUUGUGGACUUACCCUCGAGGAAGCUGAUUGGGGUGGGCCGACUCCGUGAUGGUUUAUACUACCUUGAAAUUCAAAGAGAUGAGAGGGUGGCAAUGUCAGUUUCUCUCCAUCAUAAUUUAUGGCAUCAACGUUUAGGACAUGCUUCAGACGGAAAAUUAAAUUUCAUCAAUUCUCUCCAAGGUUUCAGACGGAGCAAUAAUUUCUGUGACUCAUGCAUACGAGCCAAACAGACUCGUCUGCCUUUUCUUGUCAGUACCAUUAAGACAACUCGUUGUUUUGAAUUAAUACAUUGUGAUAUUUGGGGCGGCUAUAAAUGUGAGUCCAUUUCCGGUGCACGUUACUUCAUGACUAUAGUUGACGAUUUUACAAGGGG